AUGGCUUCACUUGUGCCUCUACCGCCGUUUGCGCCAGCCUCUGAAUCGUGGGACUCCUACCUCGCUCGGUUCGACUGCUACCUCCAAGCCAACGAGCUGACAUCAGUAUCAAAUGAAUGGAAGUGGGGCCUAUUCCUCAGCCUCUAUGGGCACUGCGAGUUCCGAGACUUAGACGAUGCCCUGAUGGAUCGAAUCGUCUGCGGGGUCUGGGACAUCCAUCUGCAACGGCGUCUCCUCGCCAAGCCAGGCCUCACGCUACAGAAAGCCAUUGAGGAGGCUGUGGCCUCAGAAGCUGCUCAACGCUCCGCCCAGGAGAUCCGCAAAUCCAGCAGCCCAUGUCUUGCUAGGAAGCCAGUUCCAGUGCAUCAUGAAGAGGCCAGCAGCGAUGAGGCAUCCUCCAGUGAAGACGAUGAUGUGCACCAGACAAAGCGGGAGCGCAGGAAGUUCCAACAGAAGUCCAAGGGCCAACCGGAAUGUGCCGGCUGCGGAGGCAACCAUUCCCGUGCCAAGUGUCGAUUCAGAGACGCCAUCUGUAGGAAGUGUUCCAGAAGGGGCCACAUCACUAAGGUCUGCCGAUCGGCUCCGUCUGACACCCCCCCUUCACUGACUCGCAAGUCCAAGUCUUCACUCCAGUCUGCCAAGGAAAGCUGUUUUGCUCUCACCAACUGCCGCUGCCCGUCUGGAACCACGAUUGGCCAAACCGACUCGCCUACGUGA